AUGGCCGCGGCGCCGCGGGGGGAGCUGCUCUCCUUCCGCGCCUUCCAGGCCGCCUGCCCCGCGGGGUACGAGUACGGGUACGGCGGCGGCCUGCGCGGCCUCCGGGAGCGCGAGUUCCCCCGGCUCCGAGGGAUUACUUACCUUGACCAUGCCGGUUCAGCACUUUUCCCAGAGAGUCUACUUAAAGCUUUUACUGAUGACCUCAGAAACAAUGUUUAUGGUAACCCUCAUAGUCAGAAUAUCAGCAGCAAGCUGACAUAUGACACAAUCGAGCAUGUCCGAUACAGAAUAUUGCAACACUUUCACACUACUGCUGAAGACUACACCAUCAUUUUCACAUCUGGAUGCACAGCUGCACUUAAACUGAUUGCAGAAGCAUUCCCUUGGAUACCUGAAGGCACACAGCAACCCAGCAGUCGAUUUUGUUACCUAACUGACAGCCACACAUCUGUGGUGGGUAUGAGGGGGAUAACUGCCUCAAUGAAUGUCUUGUGUGUUCCAGUAAAACCGAAGGAUAUCUUGUUAUCGCAAAAAGCCAUGUUACCAGCUGAAAAACAAAACUGCACGACACCUCAUCUUUUCUCUUAUCCAGCUCAGAGCAAUUUUUCUGGUACCAAAUAUCCCCUUUCAUGGAUACAGGACAUAAAGUCUGGAAAACUCUGCCCCAUCAAAAUACCAGGGAAGUGGUUUGUUCUACUAGAUGCAGCUUCCUAUGUGAGCAGUUCUCCAUUAGACUUGGGAGUUCACCAAGCUGACUUCAUCCCCAUCUCAUUCUAUAAAAUCUUUGGAUUCCCAACUGGUUUAGGAGCGUUAUUGGUAAACAACCGGAUUGCCCCCCUCUUGAGGAAAACCUAUUUUGGAGGUGGAACUGCAGCUGCCUACCUCGCAGGAGAGGAUUUUUAUUUCCCAAGGAAAUCUAUAGCAGAAAGGUUUGAAGACGGCACAGUCUCUUUUCUUGAUAUCAUUGCUCUGAAACAUGGAUUUGAUGUUCUGGAAAAACUCACAGGUGGAAUGGAGAAAAUAAAACAACACACCUUUGCAUUAACUCACUACACCUAUACUGUGCUGUCUACCUUAAAAUAUGCCAAUGGGGCUCCUGUAGUACGUAUUUACAGCGAUACAGAUUUCAGCAAUCCUGAUGUCCAGGGUCCAAUCAUUAAUUUUAACAUGCUCGAUGAAAAUGGAGAGGUGAUCGGCUUUUCACAGGUGGACAAGAUGGCCAGUCUCUACAACAUACAUGUCCGCACAGGUUGCUUCUGUAAUACAGGAGCCUGCCAGAUGCAUUUGGGUAUAAGCAAUGAGGACAUCCAAAGGAACCUGCAGGCUGGCCAUGUCUGUGGAGAUGAUAUAGACCUAGUUGAUGGACGUCCUACGGGUUCUGUGAGAAUAUCCUUUGGCUACAUGUCUUCUUUUGAAGAUGCACAGACUUUUUUGAAAUUCAUCAUAGCCACCAGACUCUCCAAGUCAGACACUGAGAUUCCCUUCCAGUCUUCUGUUACAAAGCUGAUGACAGAGGCUGUCUCAGAUGACCACCCUUCCUUUAACAAUGCAGAUAAACUGGCUCCAAUACCACACAUCUUGGACAGAGGACUCAGGAAUAAUUCGUCUGCAACAAAGACAACUGUCAACUGGCAGCGACCAGAGGCUGAGACAGAAAGCAUAAGGGCAGCUGUUUCUGAGACUGCAGUACCAACAUGCAGAAGAGGUGGCAAGCCCAUCACUGUCACCAACAUUUACCUCUACCCAAUCAAAUCCUGCUCUGCAUUUGAGGUUACAGAAUGGCCAGUGGGAAACCAGGGUUUGCUGUAUGACCGUAACUGGAUGGUUGUAAACCAGAAUGGAGUCUGCAUGACUCAGAAGCAGGAGCCAAGGUUGUGUCUGGUAAAUCCCUCAAUUGAUCUGAAGAAAAAGGUUAUGGUUAUCCAGGCAAAAGGCAUGGACCCAAUAUCUGUAUCACUAGAAGAAAAUACGGGAAAAGAGGCUGUGAUCUGUGAGAGUAAAGUCUGUUCACACAGGGUAAAAACAUAUGAUUGUGGAGAAAGAAUUGCUGGCUGGUUCUCUUUGUUUCUUGGUCGUCCAUGUCGCUUGAUAAGACAAAGUUCAGACACGAAAAACAGGUCGCAUCAGAAAAAUACGAAAGGUCUGGCAUUUGCUACAAACAUCUCACUCUCUCUUGUGAAUGAAGCACAAUACCUCCUGAUAAAUAUAGCAAGCAUUCUGCAGCUGAAAGAACAUAUUUCUGCAAGAUUGGAAGAGCCAUUGGAAACAGAGGAAUUACUCCAACGUUUCCGUGCCAACAUUGUCAUCAGUGCACCAGAGUCCUUUGAAGAAGAAGAGUGGGCUGAAAUUUCAAUAGGUGCUCUGCGAUUCCAGGUUGUGGGUCCGUGUAGCAGAUGUCAAAUAAUCUGCAUUGAUCAACAGUCUGGGGAACGAAACAAAGAAUUUCUGCAGUCUCUGUCUGCUGCCAGAGGUAGAAAGACAAACUUUGGCAUAUACCUGAUGAACCAGCCCUUGCACUCACCCUUUCCAGAUAUUUUAUCGGUUGGGUCUGAAGUACUUCCAGUGCUGAAGGAGAAUACAGAAAUUCAGCCCCCGACAUCCAGUGAAGAAAAAUGUUCAGGAUAGCUUCUCUGGUGGAGAUGAGAUUUAUAUGCAACUCCAGGGAAAAGUCAGGAGUCAGUUAUUCAAAAAAAAAAAGAAAAAGCUUCCACUCGUUUGCUUCUGGUUUAAGUCUUUAGUUUUCUGUUUGCUGUAAAUGUUAUCAGAUGGCAGAACCCUUGAUAAUUACAGCUCACCUACAUGUUUUUGCUUGUGAUUAGGUUACAGCAGCCAUAACUCUAUUUUGCUCAAUUGCUUCAGGAUGCAACAGGUUUGAUCAAGUUUUACUUGUGGAUGACUCCCCAGACAAGCCCAACAUCGUUGUUAGAAACCCACAUCUCAAUGAAGGAAAGUAAACACAACAAUACACUACUUCCUUAUGUUGCUUUGUUAAAACCACAAUUGGGAGAGAGGAUGUAGGACAUAUUUUAGAAACAAUGUGGGUGGGAUGGGAACAGUGGGAGAGUGGCAUUGGAGUAGCGGUCCAUUCAGCUUUUCAAAAAUGAAACUGAAGGUGAUGUGUAGACAGUCUGAAAGCACUGGA